UUCCACCAUUUUCAAACAUGAAUAGUGCCCCUCUGCUCAGAGAAGGCAGAGAAACAUGCUUUAAGAGCAGACAGAGAGACGCUUUGUCCCCUUCUUUCCACCUCAAAGUUUUGGAUCCCAUUCCUCACACAAGUCUCACAAAUGCUUCAUCGUGCUUCUCCUUUCCCUCAUUCCUGGUACUCCCAAAAGACAUGCUGUCUCCUCAUUACCAUGUCCUACUGCUCAUCCUUACUCAACAGUGUUUUUGGAGCGUUCUGGUCAAUGGACAGCAUCUGAGUCAUCAUCAUGGAAGUGACCACAAUAUGGCUAAGAGACAGUUCUGUCAAUGGCCCUGCAAGUGUGGGCUAAUACCUCCGUGUACCCCAGGAGUGAGUUCUGUGGUGGAUGGAUGUGGCUGCUGCAAGAGGUGUGCUCAGCAAAUUGGAGAUCCCUGCAACGAAAGGGACAUCUGUGAUAUUCACAAGGGAAUGUACUGUGACUUCUCAGCUGACCAUCCAAGAUAUGAAAUUGGAGUAUGUUCCUACUUCAUGGCAGUUGGCUGUGAUAUUAAUGGGGCCCACUAUGAGAACGGAGAAGCUUUCCAGCCUAGUCCUCUUUAUAGAUGCACAUGCAUCGCAGGUGCCAUUGGCUGUACUCCCGCAUUCUUGCAGAAGCCUGUCGGUCUUUUGGGCCCCACUCCGCUGACAAAAAAGAUGCCAAAAAGUCGUCAUAACAGCAAGGUUUCAGAGAAACAUGCAGAGAAUACAGUCUACAUGUCAGCCCAUGGGUUGUUGGUGGAUGUGGACAAAGUCCGUCUGGUGGACCCACUGACUUUCUCCUCGGUUGCCUGUGUCCACAAUGAGGCGACUUAUGGCAGUUUCUCCAGUUCACUCUCAGAUGGUACCAAGUAUCAGCUCCUCCUUGCUUACAGGGAUCCUCCUUUGGCCUGGAAAAAUAACUGUCUGAUCCAAACUACAUUCUGGAGCCCCUGUUCGAAGUCCUGUGGCCUGGGCAUCUCUGUGCGUGUCAACAAUGACAACCACAAAUGUGAAAUGAGGAAAUACAUGCGUCUGUGCCUGCUCCGCCCGUGUAAGAAUAGUAUGAUCAAACGCACUCAGGCGCCAAAAGGAAUAACAUGCCAACCCCAUUUCCAGGCAACAAAGGGGGAAAACUUUGUGCUCUCAGGCUGUACAAGUACCAAGCGGUUUAAACCCACAUACUGUGGUUUGUGUGCUGAUAAGCACUGCUGUUUCCCCAAAAAGUCAAGAAUGAUCAUGGUCAACUUCACAUGCCCUGGAAGCUCUACGAUAGAAUGGAAGAUGCAGUGGAUAAUAUCUUGUGUUUGUCAAAAGAAAUGUUAUGAUUCAUCUGACAUGUUUUCAGACCUGCAUUUAAUCUAACCAAGUCAGCCAUCAAGAGAGAGAGGAUUUUAUAGCCAAUGUUGUUGUACUGUAUAUUGGCUUGACUCCCCUGUUUUGCUUCGCUAACUCAACUCCACAAUACCACAUUACUCCUUGGAGAGGACCCACAUACUGGCAGAAUGUUUGAGUAAAAUCAAAAGGACACAAUAAGCAAAGCUCAUCAUCUCCCCCCCCCCCUUCCCCUUAUAAAACCUAAAAGAAAAUGAAAAGGAAAAAAAAAAGCAUGGCGACACAGCGGAGUAGAGUUUUGAUGUUCUCCCCGUGCUUGCGUGUGUUUUCUCCAGGCACUCUGAUUUCCUCCAACAUCCCAAAAACAUGCAUUAAUUUGAGACUAAAUUGCCCCAAGGUGUGAUUGUGAGUGCGACUGUUGUUUGUCUCGAUGUGUCCUGUGAUUGGCUGGCAACCAGUUCAGGAUGUGUGCUUCCUGCCCGUUGACAGCUGGCAUUGGCUCCAGCAAUCCCCAACCCUUGUGAGGAUAAGCGCUUCAGAAAAUGGAAGAAAAUAGGUGGAAAAAAACAAGGACUUCAAAUGUGGAGACAUGUCGAAUGGCCCAAAGAUGUGAUAUGACCCUCACAACAUGACUGGGGGAAAGAAAGUGAUUAAUGACACUUUGACACUUAUUGGCCCUCAAAAUGCCUGAAGAGCAGAUAUCAGGUAGGACGAUUACAACAUCUUUAAUGUAACAUGAUCAACUCCCAGUGGUGACCAAAAACACGGCAAGAUGGACCGAGUUUGGUGACCCAACAUUUUGUGUCAAGAGUGAACAGUUCAUUCUGAGUAAAUCCCACAUCUAUACAAACUUGUACAGGCCAAGAAUGAUUACCCUGGAAUGUGCACAUUGGUUUCUGUGUCAUUGAAGUGAUGAUUCUGUAGGUAUGGCGAUAAGUCUGCUCAAAAGGACUCUGUUUCAAGUCAAAACUAGGAAAUGAUUUUGGGUUGAGGAAUAUUUUGUGAUUUGCCAAAACAUGACUGAAGCAAGCUCGUUUCGUAUAGUUAAUGUCUUGAGACUUUUUCAAACCUAGAAAUUGUUUUGAAAAUGUGUGGAGUUGUGUUUCUGUGUGUUUCUGCUUCUGCACCACCUUCCUUAAUCAUCUUGUCUCCGGCCAUUUCUUUCCCCCGCCCUUUUUUCUUUCUGAUCGAUCCAGCGUCAAGACUGGGGUGCUGCUUUUGUUUUCCAAGGCUUUCUAAUUGGUCAGGCAACUAGAGUAAUUUCUAGUAUUCCUGCAAGUUACACUCUUAACCAAGCGUAUAAAUGUGUGGCCUGCCAACGAAUCCAAAUGGCCGGGGAAGUUACGAGUGUAACUUUCUGCAACCGCAUGACCAUCAACUUUCAUUUUUUAUAGUGCUUUUCUGUAUUUUUCAUUUUGUCCAUCUUCUUUGCCAUUUCAUCUGCCUUAUUUCCAUUUGACACAACUCAAAAAAAAAAAAAAUCUCCUGCUCUGAUACAAACCUAUCCACGAAUAGUGAGAAUACAGCCACCAACAAUUGGUGCAUUGUAGCCUGGGGUUAGUUUAAUGAUCUUACAAGAUCCAACUUCAUUCUCUCUCACCAUACGUGAAAUAAUUCACGCUCAUCUCAGAAGUUCAAGAUGUUCGCUCGUUUACUACUACUCGUUAACUCUCUAUUCUGCUAUGUAAUUCCUUUGGUAUAUGUAUCCAAAUUUCUCCAUUGUUUCACAUUAAAUCGAUUAAGCAUCC